UAGAUAUAGAUCAGACGUUAGGGAGAAAAGGGGGAAGAAUAGAAAUUGAUAAAACGAGACAACACGAAAAAUUCAUGUAAUAUAAACAAACCUAAUGUAGUGAUUUACAUAUAUGUGUAAUCUCUGUGUGGAACUGUGUGGAACUGUGAUUCGUCGUUUGAAGAAAAGAUGGGAAAGAAAAGAAAUAUUCAACCACCACCAAUAAUGCCAGGGCGGAUUAAAGUGGAAAUAAAAGAUGAAAUAGGCGAUAGUGAUGUUCUUGUAGCAAGGGAUCGUUUAAAGGGUGCUCUUCGAGAAUUAUUACAGCAUAGUGAUACAGGUUCUUCCGCAGAUUCAGGUGAAGAAAAUUCGAUUCAUGAUAAUUAUAAACACCCAAUGAAAAAGAUGGCGAAAUCUGUUAACCUUCAGCAACCACAACGAAAAAUCAGACGUCGUCGACAAAUACAAACUGAUACAGUGUUUCAUCAUACUUACGUGAUGAAGCUUUUUGAUCGCAGUGUUGAUUUAGCUCAAUUUCAAGAGGAUACGCCGCUUUAUCCUAUAUGUCGUGCCUGGAUGGCUAAUCAACCAAGAAAUCCUAAUUUGGUUCCCAAAGUUCGUAGUCCUAGCCCAGAAAUAGUUAAUGAAGUUAAUAUAAUGAACAAUCUAAUUAAUGCUAAUGGGGAGAUAAAUGAUGUCCAUUAUUUGCCAUCUCCUUUACCCCGUGUGGAGGCUAUACCAAGAAAUCGCAUUCCGUCUCCUAUACUUGGAGCAAAGGAUGAUUUGAACUUGGAUUAUGAAGGACAAACUCUCAAAUCGCGAGAACAAUUAGUGAAAGAACAUUCCACACGGUGGAACGCUAUUCGCAAAAAGUGGCACCAACAGGCACAUAAAAAUGAACGACGUUAUAUACAGAGUGCUACUAUCCUUAGCACUAUUUUUACAAAAGCACAAUCGGAAUUUGAAUAGCAGAGACGUGGCAGUCCAAUGACUGCCGAUUUUUCCGUCAUUGAUAAUUCCGUUUCUGAUCAUUUUUAUUACGUCAUCAAGGAAUAAUUUCUUAUUUGUGCUAUUUUUCUAUCUGUCUUCAUUGGUGAGUGAAUGCACAUAUUUAAAGGAUUGAUUACACUUACACAUGUUUUAUAUGAAUUCCUUUUUUUUUAUUUAUGUAAUGCCCAGAAGAAACUUGUGAUCAUGUUUUAACCAAGUUCUGAUACAACAAAUUAUCUGAUAUCAAUAUAAAAGAAUAAAUAUUGCAAUAAUGCUUGUAAUUGUUUCUUUGAAUAAAACUUAUUAUGUAUUAUGG